AUGGCUGCGCCGCGGGGCAACUCACUGCGCGACAAGCAGAUCCUCUCCAUCAAAAAGAUCCUUAACUUGAAUGAGCCUCUUGAAACAAACGAGGAUGAUCCCCAUUCCAACGGCUUUCUACCCCCUUCGGCACCUAUCCUGAAAGAUGGGACUCCCAUCUGGAAGCUCUUGAUCUUCGAUGACCUCGGCCGAGAUGUCAUCAGCCCAGUUCUCCAAGUUUCUGACCUGCGAUCCAUGGGGGUUACCAUGCACAUGCAUAUUGCAUCGCAACGAGCUCCCAUCCCCGAUGUACCGGCUAUCUACCUUGUUGAGCCAACUCCUGCCAACUUGCGUGCGAUUACGAACGAUCUUCAAAAGGGGUUAUAUAGCUCAGCAUACAUAAACUUCCUUUCGUCGAUAUCUCGCCCACUACUCGAGGAUUUCGCAGCACAGACUGCUGCUGCAGGAACCUCUGAGAGUAUUGCUCAGGUGUACGACCAAUAUCUCAAUUUUAUCGUGACUGAGCCGGAUCUCUUUAGCCUAGGGAUGCAGAAAGAGCAUACAUAUUGGGCUCUGAACAGCGCAAAGACGAAAGACGAAGAGCUUGACCGCGUGAUCGACCGCAUUGUCAGUGGCUUGUUUAGCGUUGUAGUGACAUCGGGAAUUAUCCCAAUUAUACGCUGUCCAAGGGGUGCUGCGGCUGAGAUGAUCGCAACGAGAUUGGACCGGAAGCUAAGGGACCAUAUUCUCAACUCCAAAGACAAUCUGUUUACGGCUCAAUCACGGUCAAGCCACGCAACUGCUGGCACCCCGACAUCAAGACCUGUCUUGAUCAUAUUAGAUCGCAACGUUGAUUUGAUACCAAUGCUAUCGCAUUCAUGGACCUAUCAGAGUUUGUGUUUUGAUAUUUUCAAGUCAGAAUUGAAUCGAAUCACUAUUGAAACGCCCGUCGACUCGACCAAUCCUGCGAAAGGGACCACCAAGAAAACCUAUGAUUUAGCCACCAAUGACUUCUUUUGGGCCAAGAACGCUUGCCUACCGUUUCCACAAGUCGCAGAGGACAUCGACGCUGAAUUGACCAAGUACAAAGAAGAGGCAGAGGCCAUUACGAAGAAGACGGGCGUCAAUAAUUUUGAAGACCUUCAAACCGACACAAGUGCUAGCGCGCAACAUCUCAAGGCGGCAAUUACCCUCCUCCCAGAGCUGCGGGAGCGCAAGGCCGUAUUGGAUAUGCACAUGAAUAUCCUUGCCGCAAUACUUGAGCAAAUCCAAAGCCGGCAGCUGGACAACUACUUCCAGUUGGAGGAGGAUGUUAUGAAACAGACCAAGGCACAAAUGUUGGAGUUCAUCAAAACGACUGACAAAGGAAAGCCUACAGAUAAGCUGCGCCUGUUCAUCAUCUGGUACCUCAGUACAGAGCAAGAUGUCUCUCGGCAAGAGUGGGGCCAGUUCGAGGAAGCUCUGGUGGCCGCAGGUUGCGAUAAGACGUCGCUUGCUUAUAUUCGACAGGUCCGGGCAACAACCAAAAUGACACAGUUGACUACUGUCAAUAACCAAGGGGCAGCAAACCAGCAACAGUCUGGUUCUUCUGAUCUGUUUAACCGCUUCUCAGCCCUGUCCAGCAGGCUUACCGAUCGCCUCAAAGAAACAGGAGUGCCCACAAAUGCCCUCACUUCUAACGUCGCAUCCUUACUGGGAGGGAUCAAGAACUUCCUUCCCGCUGACAGGGAUCUGACUGUGACCAAGAUCACUGAGUCUAUCAUGGACCCCUCGAGCGCAAGCUCAUCGGCCAUUGCGAAGACAGAGCAUUACUUAUAUUUUGAUCCGCGCAGUGCCAACGCGCGAGGAACGAUGCCCCAGCCCUCGGCGCUUCGUGCUGGUGCUGUCGGUGCUCCAGGCUCGGCUCCCGGUGGCUUGCCCGGGUCCGGGCUUGCUGCACAGGGACCCGGAACAGGAGCUACUUUUGGCCAGCGACGGCAGGGAUUUUCGGAGGCUAUCGUGUUCAUGGUCGGUGGCGGGUCAAUGGACGAAUACGGGAAUUUGCAAGAGUGGGCAGCUCGCACGGGCGGCGACCGGGCAAAACGGAGAGUGAUCUAUGGAGCCAGCGAGUUGAUCAACGCGACAACAUUCAUCAAGGAGGAGCUGGAGCGCCUGGGACAAGAGAUAUCCUAG